AUGGCCUGCGCCGAGCCCCAGCGCGUCUCCACAGGAGCCACCGCCACAGAGGCCACAGGCCCUGCUAGGGCUUAUCUUGGCUCCACGGAGGGCGACCUCGAGUGUCUGGUGUGCCGGGAGCCCUACAGCUGUGCCCGGCCACCCAAGCUGCUGGCCUGCCAGCACCCCUUCUGUGCCGUCUGCCUGAAGCUCCUGUUGUGUAUCCAGAACGACGCCUGGUCCGUCACCUGCCCACUGUGCCGCCAGGCCACCGCCGUCCCUGGGGGCCUCAUCUGCAGCCUGCGUGACCAGGAGGCCGUGGUGGGGCGGCUGGUCCGGCCGGAGGUGCGGCUCUGUCCUCAGGGACUGGCGGAUUCCGCCACCUCGACGGCCAGGCACCCCGGCCGGGUGGCAGAGGAAGGGCAGGACGAGGCCAGUGUUAACCGCGUGGCGGCCCGGCGCCUGGCGGCACACCUGCUCCUACUGGCCUUGCUCGUCGCCCUCAUCCUGCCCUUCUACCCGGGCAUCCUCCGGUGGGUGCUCGCCGUCAUUAUCACCUUGGCCCUGCUGAUGCCCUCCCUCUUCUGCUGUCACUGGAGCAGCCGGGGCAGCUGCUGGCCUCCCCACGGGGCGCUUUUCUGCAGAGAACAGAAACACAGCGAGAUAGCUUCCAUCGCCUGAGUGCGCUCCGGCCGGGCGGCGC